GCAUGCGAUGUGCAGUUGCGCGUUGCGUUGGCGAGCGCGUGCGCGUCCAGUUGCAUGGCACACUGCAGUAAACAGAGUUGAGAAAGGGGCGUGACUUGGACAUCUUUCCUCGGAAAACAUCUCUGAUUCACUUCAGGUGCCGAAAGAAACAAAGUGGACGCGAACGAGGACGACCGCGCUGCUUCGUCCCGGACUACCGUUGCUACCCGGCUUGACCCCGAAAGGGAAUUACUUGUAACAAGAAAGGGGAAAUUUUUGGAGUUGAGAACACGGACGGAAGUUGGCGUUUUCCCAGUUUCGCCUACCGAUGGUUCCUCCUACUUUUCAUGUUCGCAACUCUCGUUUUUGGAUUUAUCACGGCACGUGGACCAAUUUCGGACUAUCUACAUAUCUAAAAGGAGCCGAAACUGGAAUUAACAAGCAAGAGAAGAUGACUCUUCUGCUGAGAAGCCAUCACAUCUUUGGAUAAGCGAACCUCACAUUUGGAUUAUAAUUCUUUGAUUUUGGAGAUUUUCCUCAUGUGCGCGGGACCUAGACUAGUGGCCCAUGUGUAGCAGGGCAUCAUCUGCAGUUCUCGGAAUCACUUAGCCCCUGAAUUUUUUAGGGGGGCGGGGUCAGAUUAGUCAUCCGGAGGGCAAAGGGAUUAUCCGCUCAAAGAUGCAAAAGGGCAGACCCCACCAACCGAUGGCGUUGUUCAGGUUGUUCCGGAAGCCGGGGGGGAAUCUGAGGAAGUCCUACAUGCAGGGAAGUAUGAUGUCUCUGGCUCCGACCAAAGGACUGCUGAACGAGCCGGGCCAAAACAGCUGCUUUCUCAACAGCGCCGUUCAGGUGCUUUGGCAGCUGGACAUCUUCAGACGCAGCUUGAGGGAGCUACCCGGCCACUUCUGUUUCGGGAAGCCAUGCAUCUUUUGCGAAUUAAAGGACAUAUUCUCCCAGUUCCGGCACAGUCGGGAGCGCGCGCUGCCGUCAGACAACCUGCGUCACGCCUUGGCGGAGACCUUUAAGGACGAGCAGCGCUUCCAGCUGGGCUUCAUGGACGAUGCCGCAGAGUGCUUUGAAAACAUCCUGGAGCGAAUCCACCUGCACAUAGUGCCUGAAGAGACCGACGCGUGCACCUCAAAGUCCUGCAUCACCCAUCAGAAGUUCGCCAUGUCGCUGUACGAGCAGUCCGUCUGCCGUAGCUGUGGGGCAUCCUCUGACCCGCUGCCUUUUGUAGAGCUGGUGCAUUAUGUCUCCACCACGGCACUUUGCCAACAGAUGUAUCAGCGCAAGGACGAUUCCUUCGGAGAACUGUUGCAAGCUGCGUGUACGGUCGGAGAUCUUCGUAAUUGCCCCAGCAAAUGCGGCCAGAGGAUUCACAUCCGUCGCGUCCUCAUGAACUCUCCGGAGAUCGUCACCAUCGGCUUCGUGUGGGAUUCGGAGCAGUCGGACCUGACCGAGGACGUGAUCCGCUCGCUGGGGUCUCACCUCAGCCUUUCCACGCUUUUCUACAGGGUGACUGACGAGCACGCUAAAAAGGGCGAGCUAAUGCUGGUGGGGAUGAUCUGCUUCUCCAGCCGCCACUACUGUGCCUUCGCUUACCACACCAAGUCUUCCAAGUGGGUCUUCUUCGAUGACGCCACUGUCAAGGAGGUGGGCUCCAGGUGGAAAGACGUGGUCAGCAAAUGUAUUAAAGGUCACUUCCAGCCUCUUCUACUCUUUUACGCUAACCCGAACGGCAGCGCCAUUACCGCCGAGGAUCCGUCACAGCGCAACCUGGGCCAAAACCAGCACAAGGACACUGAGAAUGGAGAAGGUUUGACAUCUCCACUUCCAUCUCCCAAGAAACUGGAAUUGGCCUUUGAGAAUUUUCAGGCUCUACUGGGUCUUCAAGGGCACUUGAAACCAAAAACCCCUUCCACCCUUAGCCGCAACAGUGCCCAUACGAGUGGAGGACAGGGACCAGUGAAAAUUGGUAGCAGUGAUCCAAAGCGUCAAUUCCGGGAGAUUUCCAGGGAAGUCGCUCAGCGAGUCAGCGGAGAGGCACAUCCGUUCGGAAGGGACUCCAAUGGAAGCGGUCAGCGGCGGCAAGAAUCGCGUUACAGAGAUCCAGGUCAAGAACGCUUCCAAUCCCGAUCCAUCUCUCCCCCAGAAAAUGGUUUCAAGCAACAUAUUGAGACUCGUCUCUACAGCAGUCAGGGAAAAGGUCCCACGCGGACCGAACGCCCGCUUCAACUCGGCAGCGGUGCUUCUCGCGGGUCGCUUCGCUUCACCUCCGGGGUUCAGGUGUUACCCGCCGAGCCCGUCGUGAGAAGCUUCCGCUACGGCGGGAAAGCUGACGCCGACGGCUACGACACGGACAGCAGCCAAGACUCUCGCGGGAACAGUCGCGGCAGAGCCGCUCGUCCGUGGAAGCCCAUGCGCGAGGCGCUCAACGUGGACAGCAUCUUAAGCGACGACGGUCGGCGAGAAAGUCCGAGGAGACGGCCCAGCGGCACGUCGCCCACGCGAGAGCGGGAGGCUCCGUGGCUCGGCCGAGAAGAGCGCAAACCCAAGAGCCUUAUGACUAUUUACGAAGACGACCGACGGCACGAAAACGGCGGAAGCCGCAGCUCUCUGGACUCUCUCGGCCGAGGCGGUUACUCCGAAAAGGACAGGUCGAAAGGCUCGGCCGCGCUUAAAGUCUACGGCGACAACUGGAAGAUCCAGCGAACUGAAUCGGGUUACGAAAGCAGCGACAGAAUCAGCAAUAGCUCUGCAAAUUUGGACUCACCUGUCGUGGAAAACUUUCCCCCCAAGGAUCUCCAUCCCAUUCCCGAGCUGCAUCUGAACAGGGAUCAAUUCCCUCCAAGGGCAGCAAGCGAUGAUGACCUAUUGCACACAACUUUUUUAACCGGUGAACAAUGGCGAAAGUCUCCGGAUAUGCGUGACUCUGACAAGCAGUUACAGAGAAAAAGAGCUUUCCGACACACCCCGGGAAUCUCGCACUUCGACAGGCCGGACGGUAAAAGAAACGAUGACAGCGAUAGUCCGGUGAGCCCGGUGCCGACUUACUUGACGAAGACCGGUAGCUCCAAUGAUUUGGCCAGAGCCUUCCCCGAACACGAGGAGAUCAGCAAUGACGAUUCGCCACCUCCUCUACCUCCUAAACCGUUUUUCGGCGAUCAGAGCAGCUCGGCGGAACCGCCGGAAAUACCCGCCCGCCGACCCGUCCUUUCGAACACCCUGAUCCGCUGGAUCGAGACGCCGGCCGAGCACCGUCUCUGGUCCGACGCCAGCUCCAACAAGUCUUCGGACCAAGACCGUAACGACCUGUCGGCCAGCGAGAGCGAAGAGAAGCUUCCCGGACGAGAGGGCGCCGACUCUCCCGACGUGGUUCAACCUACAACUUACUUCUCCGUCGACAACUGCAUGACAGACACUUAUCGAGCCAAAUACCACAAGAGACCCGCCUUGUACACGAGAGUCGAGGAACACACGUCUUCGGGGGAGAGCGACGUGGAUGCAAAAGGUCUUCCCGCUGAGCUGUUACAACUCCCAGAUGACCGAACGCAAUCAGGCUACUCUCCUCCUACCAAGCCCGUUGUAAAGUGGAACCCGGUGACCCCGAAAGAUCUGGACGAACACGGAUUCCUGUAGGUGGCGCCAAAGCAACGACGGGCCUCUGACGGGAUACCAAAAACAGAAAUCUCUAUGCAUUACAAUUGUUGCACAGUUUGAAUGUCUUGAACAAGAAUGUGACAGCUAAACAGAUUGCUCCUGUGAACACGAAUUUUGAAUUUGCACAACUAGAAAGGUACAGAAAGAGGGGACGUGUCCUCUCUUCAGGGUUUUUCCUAACCGGGCGAGUUUGUACUUUCCUGGUACGUUAGUGGAUCCCAGGGAUCCGUGUGAGAAAUGGGUACAGCCACAAGUGCGAUGCUCGAGAGAAGGGUUUCCCUUAUCUUAGGUGAUUCAGGUGUUGCUAACAAUAAUGCCCACGCAGUUCAGCCCUCCUGAGGUGAUGGGGAAUUUCUGCCUACUAGUGGCAAGUAUGUGGCACAAACAAAGUCUUAGCACUGGAUGACACUCCUCACUGCAAACUUUUUUUUUUUUUAACUAGCAAAACAUUCAAGCAUUUGAUUCCAGCUAGUUUUUGUUAUUAAUAUAUUUGUUCAUAGCUCAAUGUUUAAUAAGUAACGCUGUGCCUUUUUGUAUUUUCUUUUUUAUUUUUAUUGUAGUGCCAAAAUAAGGAUUGAACCGCUUGUGAUUUGUAUGUUUUUUUUUUUUCUUUGGGGGGGG